GUCGAGUUAUCCGUUCUCGAAGGGCCGUCGUAAGAGAGGGUAUCGCGGUGUUGCCAGCAGUGACUGUCCAACGGACGCUACGGUGUUCGCAGCCGGCAUAGGCUCAGUUGGCAGCAGUACGUUCAAGUAGAAGCACCUACCAUGGCCGAUAUCUCGAAGGACGAGCUACGCAAGGAGAUCACCGCUAUUCUCAAGGAUGCGGAUCUCACUACAAUGUCUGCCAAGAAAGUGAGGCAACAAAUUGAGAAAAAACUCGAUGUUGAUCUUACAGAAAGGAAGAAGGAGGUUGAUGAUUUAGUUAUGGAGUGUCUUCAAGAGAAACAGGACGGAGGUAAAAAGAAGAAGAAGGCUGCUAGUGAGGAAUCUGAGGAUGGUGAAGAGGAAGAGGAAGAAGCAUCAGAAGAGGAAGAGGAGGAGGAAGAGAAAAAGCCAGCUGAACGAAGUCCUACUAAGAAGGCUCCCAGCAAACGUAAGAAGGGUUCAUCUGAUGAUGAGGAGAGCGCUAGUGAUGACGAUGCUAGCGAUGAAGAAUAUAGCCCAAAGAAACCUAAAGUUACACCUAAAAAAAAUAAGUCUGGAAAAAAGGGAAAAAAGAAGGGGAGUGACAGUGAUAGUGAUGAAGACUGGGGAAAGAAUAAAAAGGCUCCAGGAACCACAGCGAAGAAGAGCGGUGGCAAAGGCAAGGGUGGUGGUUACACACGUGCCAUCACGUUGUCUCCAGAGCUUGCCGCGAUUGUAGGCGCUGAACAAAUGGCUCGACAUGAAGUCGUGAAGAAAGUCUGGAGCAUCAUCAAAGAAAGAAAUCUUUAUGAUCCUAAGAAUAAACAGUUUGCGAUUUGCGAUGAGGAACUAAUGAAGGUAAUCGGCGUGAAACGCUUUAGAACUUUUGGUAUGAUGAAGUACCUCAAAAAUCAUUUUGUAGACUAAAUCAUCCCCAAAAAUCCUGAUCUCCGACAAGUUAUAUAUACAUAUAACAUAUUCCAGGGUGCGCCGUGCACCUCUCCAUCUUUCUCACAAAAUACAUAAAAUAUAUACAUAUACAUGAAACACAACGUAUUUCUUGCGACUUAAGACUUUAGACCAUGUUUACACCAUUCCGAUAUAGUCUGCCGCCCAUCGUAACCGUUUUGUCCCGGAUACUUUAUUAUUAUUAUUAUUAUUGGUUAUCGUUACCGAUAUAUGACAAUUGUAAUUUGAUAUUUAUAAUUAGAAACAUAAAUAAGCAAUUCUAAUAUAAUUCUUGAAAACAGCACUGAAAUUAUUUUACAAGUACCUUUAUCGCACUUCUGUGGUUCCAUUAAAUUGUUGGGACAAUUGUUACCAUGGACGUUCAGAUGAUUUCGAAAUGUGGGAGACAUUACAGUGGCCAACAGUCAAUAAGCCGGUUUUAAGUCAUCUAAUUCGGAGUAAAUGUUAUAUAUCAUUUGUAUGGUCGUCAUUAAUAACGAUAUCUUACUCCCGACACGAAAAACAUGACGUACCGUCAUAACGAUGGUAUCUAAAUGACAAACUAGAAAGGCACAUUUAAAUUUGAAAGUAAUUCGUUCGAAGUGAAUAUGAACAGCUCGAUUUUACCCCGUGACAUUUUCACCAGCGACAUUUGUUACUAUCGGUUAAAUUACAACGGCGGCAGUUGCUCUUUCAGUAUAUAUGGAACUAAUUGCAAAUACACCUUUUGUUUUUUACGUUCUAAUCUUGAUGGCCUUAAUUUUUCUUUAUUACGGAUUGCGUGAUAUUUUUGUCAUUACUUUCCUAUUCUCUUAUGUUAUAUGCAAUGUUGAUUAUUCUUGGAUAAUGGAUGUAAUAGAAUGUCAGAAUGUAGUUUUGCCUCUAGAAUGAGGGAAAUGUGUGUGGACAUUAAAAAGAACCGCUGAAAAACAAAGAAAAGAUAUGCGAAAAAUCAACAUCCUGUACCUCUUCUGUAUAAUAGCUACAUUAUACACUGAAAUUGUAAGCAAAGUUUAAUUAUAUUAUCGUGUAAUUACUAAUUAUUGUCGUAAUAUAGGUUUCUUGGUGUAAAAAUUGACCUAAUGUUUAAGAUCUAAUGAUAAAACAAUAUAUUCAUUGAAAGGUACGAUAUAAGCAUAUGAAAAUCAGUGCAGCGAUCACUGCACAAUGUUGAAGUGUAGGAGAUGUAAUAGGCUCAACACGGAACGUGGAAAUUAACCGCGCUGGUCUGUCCGAGCUUCGACAUGUGUAAAAUUUGUGUAUUUUGAAUAUAAAUUAAAGAAACGCAGGCCUAAGUCUCUCUCUCUGUCACGAGAAAAGCCACACGAAUGAAAUCAUUAGUUUGCGAAUACGAAAGCGCUACAUACGCCAAGAAAAUGAUACGUGCACACGGAAUGAUAAAUUUUAAUGCAGAUUCGUUUUCUAAACUCGGAAAGAUGGAUGAUUUGAUGAACUGUAAUAAUGUUCCGUGAAUUGUAUUUGGGAAUGUCAUUAAAAAGUAUUGCUUUGAUUUUUUUUUUUUAAA